GGGUUUGAAUUCUGGCCUGGCUGACCCGCCAGACCGGGGUGUUCAAGACCCCCCCCGGCCCGAGCACGUCGUGUGGGUCCGACACAACACCACCCGCAGUCGGGACACUGCGGAGGAGCCGGGUGCGGGCGGAGACCGGCGCGCAGAUGAUUAUGACCGCAGUGUGCUGGAGUGGAGAGGCUCGGGCGGCCGGGGGGUCGCUGUGUGUUUAAGAGCGCUGUGCGCCGGGAGCCGGGGGCGUGGUCUGGUCAGCGCCGGGGCUCCGGCAGGACUGCGCCGCCUCACUCGGGGGUCCGGCGGUCCUGGAGAGAAGCCCCUCUUGCGGUCGGACUCGGACAGCCUGCGGAGACCGGUCAUGACUUCUCGCAGGUGGUUCCACCCCAACAUCACUGGGAUCGAGGCGGAGCAGCUGCUCUUAACCAGAGGGGUCCAUGGCAGCUUCCUCGCCCGCCCCAGCAAAAGCAACCCUGGGGACUUCACCCUGUCCGUCAGGCGGAACGAUGAGGUCACCCACAUCAAGAUCCAGAACUCGGGGGACUACUACGACCUGUACGGGGGCGAGAAGUUCGCCACGCUGGCCGAGCUGGUGCAGUACUACACCGAGCAGCACGACCUGCUGCGCGAGAAGAGUGGCGACAUCAUCGAGCUCAAGUACCCCCUGAACUGCAAGGACCCCACGUCCGAGAGGUACGGGCCUGCCGAGUGGCUGGUUUUGACAUUCCUUUUGACAGCUUCUGAUGGGGCUCCUGCUGACCUCCUGAUUCCAGCUGACCGUCCUGAAAUUGAUACUACCCGUGUGAUUCUGAAGGAGGUAGAUCCAGAAGUCCCUGGCUCCGACUACAUCAACGCCAACUACAUCCAGAGCGUGCAGGACGAUGGCCGGCUGGUGGGUGUGAGUAAGAUGUACAUCGCCACGCAGGGCUGCCUGCAGAACACCGUCGAGGACUUCUGGAAGAUGGUGUACCAGGAGAACACCCAUGUGAUCGUCAUGACAACCAAGGAACUGGAGAGAGGCCGGAACAAGUGCGUGCGGUACUGGCCGGACUGCGACUGCUCCCAGGACUUCGGCCGGGUGUGCGUGCGGAACGUGGAGGAGCGGCCGGCGCAGGACUACAUCCUGCGGAUCCUGAACGUCACGCAUCUGGACCGGAAUGAACCACCCAGGUACAUCUGGCACUACCAGUACCUGAGCUGGCCCGACCAUGGGGUACCUAACGAGCCGGGUGGGGUUCUGAGCUUCCUGGACCAGGUCAACCGAGCCCAGAACAGCGUUCAAGACACUGGGCCCAUCGUGGUGCACUGCAGUGCAGGAAUAGGCAGAACAGGAACAAUAAUUGUCAUCGACAUUCUCAUCGACAUCAUUAACAGACAAGGGCUGGACUGCGACAUAGACAUCCCCAAAACCAUCCAGAUGGUGCGGUGCCAACGAUCGGGGAUGGUCCAGACUGAAGCGCAGUACAAGUUCAUUUACAUGGCUGUGCAGCAGUACAUAGACACCGUUCAGAAGAGACUGGAGGAGGAACAGAGGAAUAAGACGAAGGAGAGGGAGUAUUCCAACAUCCGCUACCCGCCCACGGAGAACGCCAAGCAGAAGCCCGGCGUGCCCGCCUCCCAGACGCCCCCAAUGGUUUAUGAUGAUUCAGCAAGCGUGUAUGAGAAUUUAAACAUUAAAAAACCCAAGGCUUCAGGGAUCAGCAACGCCAGGAGAUAAAGCAGGGUGCUUGACAUGUGGAGUUCCUAAACACAACGAUGGGUUUUAAGCCGAGCUGAUCGGGUGGACCCCUCAGACAGGCAGCAAGGCGAAGUUGAAGCCCCUGAGGUGGAAGCCGCGAAGCCUGGCUUCAGUCACCUGCUAUGAGGAUGGAAAGACUUUGGCUAAUCAGCGUGACUUUUGUCCCCUCCUCCCCUCCUCCUCCUCGUCUCGUUCCUCUUCUGUUCCUGAAAUAAGUGCCUCCUCUGCAGGAUUGCUCUUGAAUGCACCCCAACCCGUCCUCCUUCUCAGCCCCCAAACAGCGAACUAUGGGAACAAAACUGUGUUUGGGAUCUGCAUUCAUCGGGGAGAUGGGUCGACAUGUUCAGGCUCCGAGAGAUGGGAAAAGAGCUCGGAUAAUCUUUCUCCUACUGAUUGUUCUGAAAUUUUCAUUGUUUUUAAAUAAUAUAUACACAGAUCUAUAAAUAUAUUUUAAAGUAUUUAAAGUGUACAAUAUAUACGGGAAGUAAAAGGUGAAGCAGCUUUUCUUCUCCUGGAUCUGUUGUGCAAACUGGAUGUGUCGGAGGACACUGGGCGGCCCUGUGAGCUGGAGAGACGGGGGGACCUUGGCCUUGUCGCUGCGCCACUGCAGGCUGCCCAGAGCGAGUUAGUGCACCCCCCCGUUCCCCGUCCUUCAGGGGCAGCAGCUGACCGCGGUCCUGGCGCCGGGUGCUCGUCUCCCCUCCCCCCUGUGUCUUGAAGUGUGCUUUGGCUUGUUGUUGUUAGCUACUUUAUCUACUGUAACCAAAGACCACUGACGUGAUCAGGCUCAAAGAACUUUCUCUGGAGUGUUUGGAGUCGAGCAGAAAUUGCACUCUUUUAAAAGUGGAAAAAGAACGGUAAAAAUAAAAGGAUUCUUCCGUCUUUGAAACUCA